AUGCUUGAUACCAGAGAAGGCGAGCAGGCAGUGUAUCGUUUAGUCAGAGUGCCUCAUCGCUCAACGUUGGAUAUGGAGCACACCAAGAUCGUUAAGGGAGCUGGUGGAGCCGUUCUGCGCCGCUCUGGUCAGAUCCUGAAGAGGUGGCGAGAGUACUACAAUCACUUGUGUAACGAAGAGUUCUGUCAUCCUCCCAUCCCAACCUUUCCCAGUGUCGAGGGUCCUGUUCUACCAAUUACUGCCGCCGAAGUCAGUGCUGCCCUCGCAAAAAUGAAGUCGAACAAGGCAACCGGUCCUGAUGACAUACUUGCUGAUAUCUGGAAACUGCUAGGAGAUCGAGGGUCCAUGUGGCUCGCAACUCUAUUUAACAAGAUCGUUGCAGAAGGACGGACUCCAGACGUUUGGCAAACUUCCGUGACCGUGCCUGUUUGGAAAGGGAAAGGAGACAUUGCUGACUGCACCUCGUACAGGCCUAUACGACUGCUGCGCCAUACGAUGAAGGUUUUUGAGCGUGUCCUGGAAGCUCGUCUGAGGAAAAUUGUUAGCGUUUCACUCAACCAGUGCGGCUUUGUGAAGGACUGCAGCACUAUAGAUGCUAUCCAUGCUGUCCGAAUCCUCCUGGAGAAACAUCGAGAGAAGAACCGCAGUGUGCAUCUUGCUUUUCUCGAUCUCGAGAAAGCUUUCGACCGUGUUCCACAUGAGCUGCCAUGGAUGUCCAUGAGGUCGCAUAGAGUACCAGAUGAAUAUGUGCGGUGGACGAAGCCUACCAGCGUUGUACGAUGUGCUGCUGGAACAAGCAGGCCAUUCCCUGUACAUGUAGCGGUUCAUCAGGGUUCAUCCCUCUCACCUCUGCUGUUCAUACUGUGCAUGGACACGAUAACGAAGAAAAUCCAGAAACAGCAUUCGUGGACUCUACUCUUUGCCGACGAAGUCGUCGGAGUCUGUCUCGCGUCGGAGUCUCGAGAUGAUCUUCAGAAACAAGUGCAGUCUUGGAAGGAUCAGCUGCAGCAAUAUGGAUUGCGCCUCAACACAUCAAAAACUGAGUACAUGGAGUGCGGACCAAGGAUAGAGGAUGGUUCAAUUCGUGUCGAUGGCACCGAAUUAAACAAGGUGAACUGUUUCAAGUACCUUGGAUACAAAGUGACUUCCACAGGCGACACUGAUCAAGAAGGUGGAGCACGUGUUAAUGCUGCAUGGAUGAAAUGGAAAAUGGCAACAGGGGUACUGUGCGACAAGAAAGUCCCUGUUCGACUGGAGUCGAAGAUCUACAGGACGGUUGUGCGUCUUGUUGCCCUCUACGGAUGCGAGUGCUUGCUGACAACGAAAGCCUUGGAAAGAGUGCUGCACGCUAUGGAGAUGCGGAUGUUGAGGUGGACGAUAGGUGUAACGCUAAAAGAGAAAGUAUCCAACGACACUGUACGUUCCAUCUUCGGCGUCGUCCCGAUAACUGAGAAGAUGAAGGAGGCGCGACUGAGAUGGUUUGGUCACGUCUUGUGGCGGGAGGAAGAUUCUGUUGCCAAAACCGCUCUGAAGCUCGACGUUUCAGGAGUGAGGCCGCGUGGGAGGCCAAAGAUUCGCUGGUUAGAUCGUGUGAAGCUGGAUAUGAUAGAUGCACGUUUGUGUACGGCUGAUGCAAUGGAUAGAACCAAAUGGAAGACAAGAAGCAGAAAAGCGGACCUUGCAACAACGCGGGACAAACGCUAG